GUUAAUUGUAAUGCCGAUACCAUCCUGAAGGGGGCAGUGUUGCAACCACAUCGUGUCCGCCGGAGGAACACACCCGGAAAUGACGACACAGCCAGAAAAGCGGACGGUCGGCGAAUGAAGAAAAACUCCACGUAAUGAAACAAACUGAUCUAGAGUGUCUUCAAGUGAGACCCUAACGUCACAGCUGUUCCAAGGGAGCACAACCAGUGUGUCAAAGACUCUCCUUCCUGGUGACCCAAGUGCUUGGGACAAAAGUGUGUGGUCAUUGUGAGUGAGGAGCUUUCCCUAUGUGUGUGACAAUGGGCGACAUCAGCGACUUGGACCGACAAAUUGAACAGCUCAGACGCUGUGAACUUAUUAAGGAAAAUGAAGUGAAAGCACUGUGUGCCAAAGCAAGAGAGAUUUUGGUUGAAGAAAGCAAUGUCCAGAGAGUGGACUCUCCUGUUACAGUCUGUGGCGAUAUACAUGGCCAAUUCUAUGACUUGAAAGAGCUUUUUCGAGUUGGUGGAGAUGUACCUGAGACAAAUUAUCUCUUCAUGGGUGACUUUGUAGAUAGGGGCUUCUACAGCGUGGAAACAUUCCUUCUUCUGCUUGCGCUUAAGGUCCGUUACCCAGACAGGAUAACUUUAAUUCGAGGAAAUCACGAGUCUCGGCAAAUCACCCAGGUCUACGGUUUUUAUGAUGAGUGCCUCCGCAAAUAUGGAUCUGUCACCGUCUGGAGAUACUGCACGGAGAUAUUUGACUACCUGUCCCUGUCUGCUAUUAUUGAUGGCAAGAUUUUUUGUGUGCAUGGUGGUUUAUCUCCUUCCAUCCAGACCCUGGAUCAGAUUAGGACGAUCGACAGAAAGCAAGAAGUGCCCCAUGAUGGGCCCAUGUGUGACCUGCUUUGGUCAGACCCAGAAGACACUACAGGGUGGGGGGUGAGUCCCAGGGGGGCUGGCUACUUGUUUGGCAGUGAUGUGGUGGCCCAGUUCAAUGCUGCAAAUGACAUUCACAUGAUUUGUCGAGCACAUCAACUGGUCAUGGAAGGCUAUAAGUGGCACUUCAACGAAACCGUGCUCACUGUGUGGUCAGCACCCAACUACUGCUACAGAUGUGGUAACGUGGCAGCCAUUUUGGAACUGGAUGAACAUUUACAACGAGAAUUCAUCAUAUUUGAGGCAGCGCCACAAGAGACCAGAGGCAUUCCAUCAAAGAAGCCAGUUGCAGACUAUUUCCUGUGAAUUUUUUUCUUUAGCUAUCGUGGCGGUGGAGAUGAGGUAUGGAGAUCAGUUGUCUUAUCUUCUUAUGUUGGACAAUUCAGAACUCAAAUACAGUUUGACUGGCAACCUGAGAAUCCCACACGUCUGGUAAAUCACAAUCAGAUCAUUUGUUCUCACAUAACUCUUACGCCUUCUUUUUGUGUACUCAUCUCCUCACCAUUUUCAAGCUAGCAUGUAAUGCGUUUUUUUUUGUUUUUGUUUUCCCUGAAAAAUACUCGGUCUAACAAUUGAUAUUGUAAGGGUUGGCUUGCUGACCAAAAAGCGAGGCACUGUAUUCCCCAUUAUUUUGUCUUUUUCCUUUUUAAUUUUCAAAUAUGUAGUUCUAUCCAUUUUGAUAUUGUAAGAAUAAAGUUUUUGUAUAAUUGCA